UUUGGGUAGCCUUUUGGUUUGGUGUAGAGAUCAAAUCAACGCACAGUUCCAUCAAUGGCGAACAGGCGAUCUUCUUCUUCUUCCUCUCUCCUUGUAGCUCCUCUCUCUCUCCUCCUCCCCAGAGGCGACACCUAUCUCUACCUCUUCGCUCUCCUCUCCCUCUUCUCACUCCUCCUCCAACACCUCUCCGCCGCCCCCACAACCCCCGACCUACACUUCGAGGGUUUCGAUGCAGAUGAGGAUGAAGAUUUCGACCGCGGCGAUGAAUUCGUUUCCAAUCUCCGAUCCCCGCCGCCACCGAUCUCUCUUUCUACUCCAACUCCAGAAUCUCACCACGGACCGCCCGAUUCCGAUCGAUUCCGGCAGCAGAUUCAUGCGGCACAGUCGGAGCAGAACCCUAAGCCGGCUUCGACGUCGUCUUCUUUCGAUUAUUGGGAUGAGGAUGAGUUCGAAGGAAUUCCUGAGUCCUUGAAUCCGCCAUCUGAGAAUGACGUGCUUCCCGAACCUGCCGCCGCCGCCGCCGCCUCCGAAUCUGAAUCCGACUCGGAGAAGGACGUGAAAGCCGAUGAGAAGAUCGAGAGGAAGCUCAGCUCUUACACGGUUGAAAUCGUGUGCAUUUCUUUUCUAAUUAUGUUCACAGUAAAUUAUUUCACUGGGAAAAGAGAGAAUGAGAAUCUAGCUUUAGCUUGGGCCAGUAAAUUCGCUACCAAAGACUCUAUAUUCGAUAAGAAUUUCAGUUUGUUAGGAGUUGGGGAGACGGACGACUCGCCAUUGCUAUUGCAGGAAGCUAAGAAUGUAUUCAAGUUCUAUGCUAGUGGUAGGAGGUUUUGCUCGGGAUUGCUGGCCACAAUGGAGCUCAAGAGCAGGCAUGAUUUGAUCUCGAAGCUCUACAAUAUGGUCGUGCCUUGCAAGGACGAGAUUACUUUUGAGGUUUAUAUGAACGAUGAUGCCAUGGAUCAGGUGGUUUUUGCAUUGGCAAGGAAGAAAUUGGCAAAGACGAUGCAGAAGGAGACUAGAGACUUGCAGAGAUUUGCAGCAUUAGUUACCCCACCUAAUGGGAGAAAAUGGGUAACUGAGGAGCUGCAAGUGGUGUCAGAGUCGAAGGAGGUUGCCGGAGAUCUGAUCAAUGAUGUUGUGCUUGAUCAGGUUUUUGGCGAGAAAGCUUUCGAGAAAUUUGGAAGGGGCUUCAUCUCAAUGCACUUUUCUGAUCAACACAUGGGGUCACAUAAAAAAAUGCUGGUGUUCAAGUUUGCUCUACCUGAUGUUGAUAAAAUGGCGGACAUGACUCGACUGGUCGCCCUAGUUCCCUAUUACAUCGACCUAGUCGGGAAAUACAGGCUCAGCUCGCACGCUCGAUCCAAAACAGAAUCAGCCCGAUCAAAGGUUGCUCAAGAGCUCUACAAAGAACUCCAGAAUGCCAGGCAAGAAGCACUGCAGAAAAAGAAGGCAGAACAGAGGAAGAAACUGGAAGAAGCCGAAGCAAAGCUGAGCGCAGAGGCGCUACGCAAGAAAGAAGCCAAAGACCGUGCGCGCCAAAUGAAGAAGGCGAUGCCAAAGAUUAAGAUGACUAGAGCCUAACUAGGUAAUGAGAUUCCCACCUUAAACAACAUAUUCUCGUAUCGUAUCAGGUGUUGUCAAUUGCAUUAGGUUCACUUAUCUUUCGAACUAAUGGAGGGGGUCUAUUAUUUGGUCAUAUCAUUCGACCCUACCACUGCCAGUCGUGGUUCUUGAGUGUAGCAAUAGUUGUUAUAUUAUGACGGCACCUAUAGAACUCUGUUAAGCACCUUUCCUUGUUACUCAGAGAACAGUUUUAAGUUCGUAUUCGUGGUUGAAGAAGUAAUCAGAUCGAAACCUAGUGAAGUUGCCCUUA